AUGGUGGACUCAACACGCGUCCGACUGUGUAACAGUGCGAAAAUAAUAUUUUAUACAGUAUUUUUAACCUGUUGUACUGGUUUAACACCCCAAUGUAGAAAUGAAAAAGGAGAGCCAGUGGACUGGUUUUACAUUUACAAAUUACCAAGAGAAAAAAAUCAUUUAAAUCCUCUUGUGAGAAGGGGAGUUGCAUAUAUGCAUCUUACACCUUCUAAGCUGAGAGCCGGAUGGAUUAUGUCAGAUUUGGCUAUAAGUGAUCCUAGGUCAAUGGUUGGUAGAACAUUAGCACCAUUAUACGAGGACAAAAACAUAAUAUCUCUUGUAUACAAUGAUCAGCCACCGGCUAAUGAAAACCAACCUGAUAUAUUGCAUUCUGUUGCUGAAAUGUAUUCAAAACGUAAAAAAGGCCAAACGAAGCAGGCUGGUGUUAAAAAAUUUAAGAAAUUUAAAUUAGGUGACAAAUAUUAUGAUGAUUAUGAUUUGGCUGAAAUGUGUAAAAUGCAUUCUAAGUUUAUGAAAAAUAGAGUGGAGAGUGGACAUACAAAGGGAGUGAUUUUAGGAGAUAAAUUUACAUCAUUGUGGCUCGUACAUUCUGUGCCACGAUUUCCACCUGUACCUGACAUGAAUGGUCUCAAUAUGAGCUCAUAUAGCUAUCCAACUACUGGUAUGAAGUAUGGUCAAUCAUUUCUCUGUGUGUCCGUUCAGACAUCUACAUUGAAUCAGAUCGGAACUCAAUUGAAAUACAAUGAACCCUUGAUAGUAUAUUACAAUAUACCACCGGAGUUUGACAGUGAACUACCAAAUUUGGUUGAUGUGAUACGAAAUAAAACUGUUGAUACUGCGCCUUGGUAUCACAUAGAAGGUUUUGAAACGUUAGUGGGUAGAAAGUUUCUGUCGUUUGCAAAGAGCGCAAUGUUUAACGAUGACUUGUACAGUGGUUUGGUGGCAGAAGUAUUGCAGUCGGAUUUAUUAGUGGAGUCGUGGACCAAUGGGCCGGGACCUUUGGAUUCGGAAUGUACUAGAAAUUUCCAGGUCCGCAACAUAGAACGCCUAAAGUUCCCCAUAGCAAAAAUGUCCUUCACAUCUCACAAUGACCACUCAAAAUGGACGGUAGCAGUUGCUCACAAAAUGCAUAAUAGUCAAGACACUAAAGUAGCUGACUACUGGGUCUGUGUAGGAGAUAUUAAUCGAGCGUUACCACAAGAAUCUCGGGGCGGUGGCACAUUAUGUACUUCAGGGCCGAUACUGUGGGGGAAUUUCGCACAUCUCAUAGAAUCUGUUCAGUCGUGUAAU